CCCGCCCCCGCCCGGGGGACCCCGGCCGCACGAGACCCUCGCGCCUAGGGCCUCGCGUUCCCAGGUACAGGUCGGCUGGGGAUCCCCGCCGCUGCGCCAUGCAGGGCCCCGGGUGGCCUGCCGCCAGCCCACCUGCUGCGCCCAGGUAGCCAUGAACGGCCACAGCCACAAUGGCAGUGUGGGGCGGCCGCUGGGCAGCGACCCCCCGGACCCGGAGGCCGGCCGCCCCUCGCUGCCCCCGCACAGCCCCGGCCUGCAGGUGCUAGUGGCCAAGGGCGAGCCAGCACGGCUGUCCUCCCGCAGCGUCCGCGGCCAGCCCCAGGACCAGGCCGAGGACGAUGAGGAGGAGGAGGACGGCCGCCCGCGGAGCCGGAGCGCAGGGAAGCCGCCUGCCGUGGGCCACCGCCUGGGGCACCGCCGCGUGCUGUUUGAGAAGCGGAAGCGGCUCAGCGACUACGCACUCAUCUUCGGCAUGUUUGGCAUCGUCGUCAUGGUGACGGAGACCGAGCUGUCCUGGGGCGUCUACACCAAGGCGUCUCUGUAUUCCUUUGCCCUGAAAUGCCUCAUCAGCCUGUCUACCAUCAUCCUGCUGGGCCUUGUCGUGCUGUACCACGCCCGGGAGAUCCAGCUGUUCAUGGCAGACAACGGGGCGGACGACUGGCGCAUCGCCAUGACCCGUGAGCGCAUCCUCCGCAUCUCGCUGGAGCUGGCGGUGUGCGCCAUCCACCCGGUGCCCGGCCACUACCGCUUCACCUGGACGGCGCGGCUGGCCUUCACCUAUGCACCGUCGGUGGCCGAGGCCGACGUGGACGUGCUGCUGUCCAUCCCCAUGUUCCUGCGCCUCUACCUGCUGGGCCGCGUCAUGCUGCUGCACAGCAAGAUCUUCACGGACGCCUCCUCGCGCAGCAUCGGGGCGCUCAACAAGAUCACCUUCAACACGCGCUUCGUCAUGAAGACGCUCAUGACCAUCUGCCCCGGCACCGUGCUGCUGGUCUUCAGCAUCUCCUCCUGGGUCAUCGCCGCCUGGACCGUGCGCGUGUGCGAGAGGUACCACGACAAGCAAGAGGUGACCAGCAACUUCCUGGGGGCCAUGUGGCUCAUCUCCAUCACCUUCCUGUCCAUCGGCUACGGCGACAUGGUGCCACACACCUACUGUGGGAAGGGCGUGUGCCUGCUCACUGGCAUCAUGGGAGCUGGCUGCACUGCCCUGGUGGUGGCUGUGGUGGCCCGGAAGCUGGAGCUCACCAAGGCCGAGAAGCACGUGCACAACUUCAUGAUGGACACUCAGCUCACCAAGCGGGUAAAAAAUGCCGCUGCUAAUGUUCUCAGGGAGACGUGGCUCAUCUACAAACAUACCAGGCUGGUGAAGAAGCCUGACCAAGCCCGGGUUCGGAAACACCAGCGUAAGUUCCUCCAAGCCAUCCAUCAGGCUCAGAAGCUCCGGAGUGUGAAGAUCGAGCAAGGAAGGCUGAGUGACCAGGCCAACUCACUGGCCGACCUGGCCAAGACCCAGGGCGCCAUGUACGAGCUGCUGUCGGAGCUGCACGCCCAGCACGAGGAGCUGGAGGCCCGCCUGGCCGCGCUCGAGGCCCGCCUGGACUUGCUGGGCGCCUCCCUGCAGGCCCUGCCGGGCCUCAUCGUCCAAGCCACGCGACCGCCCCCAACGCCCCGGCCCCGCCCCGGCCCCGCAGCUCCGAGCUCUCCCUGCCGCUGGCCGCCCGCCGGCCCCUCGGACUGCGGGUGAUGCCCGCCCUCGGGACCUCAAUCCUGGCCAUCGUGUGGCCGCCACCCGCGAGACCGACCGUCGUGGGAGCGCGGACCGCGCCCUGGGGCUCAGGACGCAGCAGCUGGCAGGGACAGGGCCAGGCCGAGGCGUCCCGGCCCCCGGAGGGCGCGAGCACCUGGGAGGGUCCUCGCCAGGCCUCGAGGAAGCAGGACCAUGGGCCGCUGCCUGUGCGUGCGGCCGGACACUUGUCACCGCGGUGUCCCGGGUCCCCCGACCGUCUGGGAGCCUCGCUGGCCAGCGCAGUCGGGGGCAGCGCCUCGGUGACUUCGCCCAGCGAGGUCAGCCUGGCCCUGGCCGCGAGGGGCAGCAGCUGACUGGACGCUGGCUCCUCCCCCACGGGCUCUGCGCCCUGCCCCGCGUGGGCGGUGGCGAGGGUGAGGGGCACCCACUUGUCACUGGACUCGAGUUGCGCACCCAGUGUAUUCGCGGCUUGUGGCACAAAUCCCACGGUGACUUCAGAACACCUCCAGGGCAGGGUGGUGGUGGGAGGGGAAACUGAGGCUCAGACAGUCAAAGCCCCUUGGCCAGGGCCACGCCGAGCAGAGGAAUGGAGCCAGAAUUCCAAGUGGGGAGCCCUAGGGCAAGAGGAGGGCCUCAAACUGGGCGUGGCGACGCACACUGUAAUCCCAGCGCGUGGGAGGCUGAGGCAGGAGGAUUGCCACAAGUCGAAGGCCAGCCUGGGCUCCAUAGCAAGCCUCUGUCUCAAAAAAACAAACAAAACCCAAAAGAUGAA